AUGUCUGUAGUGAAAUCAGUCGCAGUCGCAGGGGCCUCUGGCAACCUUGGCCCUCAUAUCGUCAAAGCACUUGUUACUGCAGGAUUGCAAGUCACUGUUCUCACACGGUCCAAGAAACCAGGCACUUACGACUCCAGCGUUAAAGCUGUCGAAGUGGACUUCACAUCCGUGGAGUCAUUGACUGCGGCACUUCAAGGUAUCGACGGACUUGUGUCCACUGUGACAGCUACAGCCAUCGAGAACCAGACCAUUCUGAUCGAUGCUGCUAUUGCCGCUGGAGUGAAACGUGUUAUCCCCUCUGAAUUCGGAUCCUGUACGAUCAGCCCUAAAGUCGCAGACUUGCCAAUGUAUUCCUCGAUGUUCAAGAUCAAACGCUACCUAGAAGAACAAGCUACCGCAGGAAAGCUGACUUGGACUGUGCUUGCAUGUGGUGCAUUCAUAGAUAUGGUCUUCGCAUAUCCUGUACUGCUGGAUUUCGCCAACCACAAGGUCACUUUAUAUGACAAAGGUGACAAUAGGAUCAGUUCGACCUCCAUGGACGACAUUGGCAAGGCCAUUGUUGGAAUUUUCCGAAUUUAUGAGGAGACCAAAAACAAGAUUUUGCGGGUAUCACAAGUGAUUCUCACACAGAACGGGUUAUUGAAAAUCGCGCAGGAGCUGAAACCGACUGUGAAGUGGGAAAUCAGUGAGGUCCAAACAAGUGUUUUGCUGCAGCAGAGUUUGGAAGAAAUUAAGGCUGGCAAUUUCAGCCAGCCGACCGUUAUGAAGCUAAUUUACUCAACAGCCUUCGGUGGCGAAGCUUACGGGACUGCCUAUGACGAGAAUGACAAUCAACUUCUUGGCAUAAAGGAGUUGACUGAGGAAUAUUUGAAGGAACGUGUUGCUAAGGCACUUGGAUAG